AUGAAAGAACUAUCUAACAAAUCGAUCGAUUAUUACAUAUUACCGAAUAAGAUCUUCUGUAGUAUGGUUGGAAUGUGGCCUAUCGAAGAGAAAAGUUCGACGGUAGNCAAAAUAUUCGCAUAUAUCCGCUUGAUAUUGGCACUAAUAGCAAUCAAUAGCGUUUUUGUGCCCGAAAUUAUGAUGAUAGUAUCGAGUUGGGGCGAUAUAACGAUUCUAGCAGGAGUAGGAUGCGUUUUAACCACGAUCGGACAAUUAUUGUUCAAAAUGAUAUAUCUAAUAGUGAGAAGAGAAAGAUCAUACAGACUUUACUAUGAAAUACGAAGUUUAUGGGACACUGCUAACGAUUGGAAAGAAAUGCAGUCUUAUAUAUGGCUCGCUUAUUGGGCACGAAUUUGUACGAUAGCUUUUUAUUUAUCAUGCAUGUGCAACGUGAUCACUUUCUCCAUAGCUGGAGUUGUUGAUUAUUUUAGGUUUGAAUACAACGCAAGCAGUACAGAUAACAACCGACAUUUACCCUUCGUUGUCUGGUAUGGGACAGAUAUUUCAGCAUCUCCCAAAUUCGAAAUCGCUUUCAUUUGUCAAAUUCUAUCAUCCAUGGUUUGCGCUACUACAAUCUGUGGUUUGGAUGCCUCAUUUAUGACCACGAUUUUGCACGUGUCUGCUCAAUUUAAACUAAUCAAUACCUGGAUUAGUAAUAUAGGAACUGAAAUAAAUUGUAAUCCAAAUUACACGCGAAAGAUAAAGAUAGAACUAAUGAGAUGCAUUCGCCAUCACCAACGAAUGAUACAUGUGGUAAAUGAUGUGAAUAAUCUGUUCACACCCAUCAUUUUCAUGCAAAUUCUUACGAGCGGAAUAGAAAUUUGUUUGAGUGGAUAUGCAAUGCUCGAUAACGAAGCAGAAAUUACUGAUAUAUUGAAAUGCACAUCUUAUUUUAUUUCCGUGACGGUACAACUACUUUUAUGGUGCUGGCCCGGUGAAAUUCUUAUCCAAGAAAAUCAAGAAGUUGGGCAAGUUGCUUAUUUCAACAUACCGUGGUACAAUUUACCGUCAAUGUAUCAGCAAUACCUGUGCCUUAUGAUUGUUAGGGCACAACAAUAUUGCAGUAUUUCAGCAUUAACUUUCCGAACGUUGUCUAUCCAUACAUUAACGACUGUAUUCAACACAGCUGCCUCGUAUUUUACUUUAUUACGACAAAUACAAGAAAAGUAA